GAUUUUGUGCCUAACGAGAGCCGUUCAGUUUAGAUUAUGGGCUGCUAGAAACUCAAAAUCCACCAUGAAACACAUCAGCUUCAUCUACUUCACAGCACUUUUUUUCCCAGAAGUCACUUUUUUCUAAAACAUCUGCACAAUGUCAAUAUAUGCCUCUUUAAACUGUUUCACACUUCAUUCGCCCAAAGCUCAAAGCUUCAAAAGGCUAUUCUCUUCAGAUUUCAUCUCCCAAAUUCAGGUAAAAUCAACCCCAAUUGCUUCAUUUUCUUUAAAUUCAUUAAAAAGAUCUGAACUUGUUAGAAUUAAGCUUAAGCCCAUUUCAGCUUCGAUAAGCCCAGUUGUUGAAUCAACCAGCCCUUCAUUUAGAACCAAGAAUCCAAGAGAUAUCAGUGUUUUGGUUGUGGGGUCCACCGGGUAUAUUGGGAAAUUUGUAGUUAAAGAACUGAUUAAUAGAGGGUUUAAUGUUAUAGCUGUUUCGAGAGAGAGGAGUGGGAUUAAGGGUGUGAAUAGCAAAGAAGAGACUUUGCAGAAUUUGAGUGGUGCUAAUGUGUGUUUUUCAGAUGUGACUAGUUUGGAUUCUUUGGACAAGAGUUUGGAGGGGUUAGGUGUUGAAGUUGAUGUAGUUGUUUCUUGUCUUGCUAGUCGUUCGGGCGGGGUUAAAGAUUCUUGGAAAAUUGAUUACGAGGCCACGAAGAAUAGUUUAGUUGCUGGGAAGAAGUAUGGGGCUUCACAUUUUGUUUUGUUGUCAGCAAUUUGUGUGCAGAAACCGCUUCUUGAGUUUCAGCGUGCUAAGCUGAAGUUUGAGGCUGAGUUGAUGAAAGAAGCGGAGGAGGAUAAUGGGUUUACGUAUAGUAUUGUUAGGCCAACAGCGUUUUUUAAGAGUUUAGGAGGACAGGUUGAAUUGGUGAAGGAUGGGAAGCCUUAUGUGAUGUUUGGGGACGGGAAAUUGUGUGCUUGUAAGCCCAUGAGUGAGGCGGAUUUGGCUUCGUUUAUUUCGGAUUGUGUGUUGAGUGAAGAUAAGAUAAACCAGGUUUUGCCGAUUGGUGGACCUGGGAAGGCUUUGACACCAUUAGAGCAAGGAGAGAUGUUAUUUAGGCUUGUUGGAAAAAAACCUAAUUUUAUUAAAGUGCCGAUUGAGGUGAUGGAUUUUGCUAUCGGGGUUCUUGAUUUCCUUGUCAAGAUAUUUCCUGGAAUGGAAGAUGCAGCUGAGUUUGGGAAGAUCGGAAGGUAUUAUGCUGCUGAGAGUAUGUUAAUUUUGGAUCCCGAGACGGGAGAGUACAAUGCUGACAAAACCCCAAGUUAUGGAAAGGACACACUGGAAGAGUUCUUUGAAAGAGUACUUAGAGAAGGGAUGGCUGGUCAGGAAUUGGGGGAGCAAACGAUAUUCUGAAUGCCAUAUGUUUUUGAAGAUUAAAUACUUGUCUAGUUAUGUAAGUUGCAAGUCAGUGUCUUCCAAGGUUUACUUAAUUUGCUGGGUUGACUGAAUUUGCACGCCUUGUAAUUGUUACCUGAUAUAGUUUACCAACCGAUUCCCAGGCUGCUUGAUAUAGACUUUGUUGGAUUAAAGUUUCACUAUUAGAUUUAUACUGUGUCUCCCGAAGUUGAAACCUCGAGCAACUUAAACUUAAGCCAAAUUUGCACGCCAUAUGAUUGUUUCUUGCUAUUUCUUUACUUGAAGUCGGUGUUACUCUGUUCAUUUAUGAAGAAGGAUGAUGGGAUUCUUGAGUAAAACUAAUCGCAUUAGAGAAAAUCUAUGGGGAUUCUUGUUGUUUUUUACAUGAGCCAGAAAAUUGGAACCACUUGUUAAGAAGUAGUGUGGCGUGCUUAUAUCCAGUAAGACAUGGAUAAAGUUAUUCUUUUCCUCGUCCCCAACAUAAUAGAUGUGAUUUAUAAUUUUGAUAAAGUAAUAAAAUACUCUCAUCUCAUCA